AUGAGUGUUCCACCUUUGCCUCCUAACGAGGGUGUGGUGGAAGUCUGGAUGCCUGCAUUGGCACCUUUUGCUAAAAUUCCCUUUAGAGAUGAUGAUGAGGAUGAUCUCUAUAUGACACCCCCACCUGAGACUGUACAUAAUGAGAAUGCCAAUAAUAGUGAAGAUGAGGAUGAUCUGUAUAUGACUCCUCCACCUGAGAAUCUCAAUGGACAUGUUGAAAACCAAGAGGCUAUUGAAGAGGCUGCCCAUGGGGAUGUGACUAUGACAAGGACUCCUGAGCAUGAGCGCCAGACUGUGCGGGAGCAAGAGCGUGCUGAAAGGCUUCAGAUGACUUCUCCUACUCUUCGGCGCGAGCGUUCUGCAUUACGAGGCUCUAUUCGUCAGCCUGUCUUUGAGGAUCUCUCUAGACCUUCCCAUCCUGUCACUUCUAAUCCUGCUCAGCCUCCUAUUUCUCUUGCACCACCCAUUCAGCUUCACCAGCCUGCCACACUUGCUCCUCCUGUCCAGUCAUACUAUUCUGCAGUUGCUGCUCCCUCUGCUCCAUCAUAUUAUCCUGCUCAAUAUGUUCCUCCCCACUUUUAUCCUGCUCCCAUGUUCCAACACUCUGUCUAUCAAGGUGCUACAGCUUACCAAAUUCCUGGACAGUAUCCUAUCUAUGCUCCUCCUCCAAUGCCUGCACCACCACCUCAUUAUUGGCCUGUGAAUGUUUCUGCCUAUCCUAAUCUUCCACGACACUUGAUUGGGAAUCAUGAUAGACAGGCUCGCUCACGUCUUGCAGCAGCUAGCCAUCCUGACUAUGAGCGCCGCAUGAUGAAUAACUUUGAACAAAGCCAUGCAGAGCGUAGACGGCGUCGUAAUGUACAGGCUUUGCAAUAUCAGCAAGAGCAACAGGCAUUUGAUCAGCAUAGAGCAUUCCUUCAUGAGCAGCGUCUUGAAGAGGUCCGUCAGCAGCUUUUGCAGCCUCAGCAAAGACAUCAGCAGCAUGAAUUGCAAAGACAGGAGGAAGGAAUCCAUGAGCAGGCAUUUGUUCAGCAACAACAUCUUGAUGAUCUACAGCAGCAGCAGCACCUUCAAAAUCAAAUACAAGUCCAUCUAGAAGAGCAGGAGCAUUAUGCCAAUCUAGCCAUCCAGCAAAACCACCAUGCUUUGGCUCAAAAUCAAGUGAUGCAACAGCUACCUCUUGGUCGUCGUCCUUAUCAAGAGCCUGACGCACGCUAUAGUGUUGGCCAUAUGGAUGUUGAAUGUUCCCAUUGCAAAGCCCUUCACUUUUCCUCUGAAAAGCUAUCAUCCUCUACUCGCAAUCAUAUCCGCUUUGGCAUGUGCUGUUUACAAGGCCAAAUUAGGCUGCCUGUGUUAUUGGACCCUCCUCAAACACUGCGUAAUCUUCUCUGUGGAGACACUGAGAAUGCCAAAUCAUUCAGGCUAAAUAUCAGGCAAUACAAUAGUGCAUUUGCAUUUACUUCUAUUGCUGCCAAGCUAUCAGAUCAUGUUACCACUACUUCUGGGCCAUAUGCAUUUAAAAUCCAUGGAGAACUUUAUCAUCAGAUGGGUACCCUGCUACCACCCAACCAUCUUAGACCUUCCUAUGCUCAGCUCUAUGUUAUUGAUCCUCAGGCUGCACUCAAUGAGCGCAACAAUGCCAAUCCCAACUUGAAGUCUGAGAUCAUGAAUAACUUGCAGGAUAUGUUUCAUGAGCACAAUCCUUAUGUUCCCCUGUACCGCCAUGCCUAUCAAAUCAUGGCAGACAAGAAUCCUGGAGAACGAGACAAGCUUGCAGCCCGUAUUGCUGUCUUGCCCAAUACUGAUCAUCGCCGCUAUAAUGAGCCUACCGCAGAUGAAGUUGCUGCCAUCAUUCCUGGAAGUGGAGAUGAGGAAGUGGACUUGCACAGAGAUAUUGUUGUCCGCUAUAACCAUGGAGGUCUAAAGCAUUUCAGCCAUCUUCACCCUCACUACAGUCCCUUGCAUUAUGUGACAUUAUUUCCACAUGGCGAACAAGGCUUUCAUCCCAAUAUUCCUGCUCAUCCUGGACCUAAUGGCCAAAUGCUCUCAUCCAAGAGCUGGCAAGCUAUUUCAGCAAUAUGUGGUUGA